AUGCCAAAUUACAAACUUUCGUACUUUGAUGUUCGAGCUCUCGCCGAGCCUGCACGUUUAAUUUUUGCUCUAUUUGAUGUGCCAUUCGAAGAUCACCGAGUUUCAGUUGAAGAAUGGAACGAUAUGAAGGAAAAAACCCCUUAUGGUCAACUACCAGUUCUGGAGGUAGAUGGAGUUGAAAUCGGACAGUCCAUGUCUAUUACUAGGUAUUUGGCGAGAAAAUUUGGAAUUGCGGGGAAAAGUCCGGAGGAGGAGGCUAUUGCGGAUUCAAUUGUGGAUCAAUACAGAGAUUUCAUAUUCUCCUUCCGCCAGUUCACUUCGGCCACUUUUUAUGGAAAAGAUGCUGAACAUAUUAACAAAGUACGAAACGAAGUAGUGAAGCCUGCUCGAGAUCUAUUCCUAGGAAUCAUCAACAAGAUUUUGGAUAAAAGCCAAUCCGGAUAUCUCGUUGGAAAUUCGCUAACUUGGGCGGAUAUUGUAAUUGCUGACAAUUUGACCAGUCUUCUGAAGAAUGGUUUUGUGGACUUCGCAAAAGAGAAGAAAUUAGGAGAAUUCUACAACAAAAUCCACUCAAUUCCAAAAAUAAAGGAGUAUGUUGCCAAGAGAAAGGGAACUAAUAUUUGA